AUCCCACAAUGCACCGCUGCGCAGCUGCAGAUGGAAUGUAGCUCGCUAGCCUCUCAUGCUAGCCGCAGCAUCGCAGUAAAGUUUGACAAACACAUCACGAGCGGCUCGAACCCGCCGCCAGCGCUGCACUGACGACACAUGCGCCAGGUGACGGCAACGGUGAACGCAAGUGCUGAUAGGAAUCCUUAUGUUGGUCCUGUCUCUUCCUGUAGCUUCAGCUCAACUGCUUAGCAUUCAGCGAUGAACAUUGAUGACAAGCUGGAGGGGAUGCUUAUGAAAUGUAGCCCUGUGGGGCUUCACCACUCAUCCAGAGGUCUGGGACCCUCGAGGGUGGACGGAAGAGGAAGAAGAGGCAGUUUGGAUAUGACACUUGGGGAACGGAGCUUGGCUAAUCAUCCUCUUUUGGCAGAGGAUGAUGAAGAUGAUGAAGAUGAUGAUGAAGACCUGGCAGGUGGAGGCCUGACCUCACAUGAUCUGAUAUCCCAGGAUGACCUGAUGGUUCACGAGGAGACGGUGAAAAAUGAUGGACAGGAUGAAGCAGCUUUCUCACAGCGAAUCUCCCAUAAACUACACUAUACACUCAAUAUGCCAGUAAAUAUAAAGCAGGAGAUGAAAGUGCCAGACUCAUUGAUUCUCAAUAAAAAGGAGAAGAAACCGGGGUGGGACCCAUCUGACUGUCACAAAAAGAAGAAGAGAAAGCAGCGCUCGCCUGCAAAGAUUCUCACUAUUAAUGAAGACGGCUCCCUUGGGCAUCAGAACCCAAAAUCUCAUGUCUGUGAGCACUGCAAUGCUGCUUUUCGGACAAACUACCAUUUACAAAGACAUGUCUUCAUUCACACAGGCGAAAAGCCUUUUCAGUGCAAUCAGUGUGACAUGCGCUUUAUUCAGAAGUACCUGCUUCAGAGACAUGAGAAGAUCCACACAGGAGAAAAACCUUUUCGCUGUGAUGAGUGUGGAAUGAAAUUUAUUCAGAAAUACCACAUGGAGAGACAUAAGAGGACACACAGCGGGGAAAAGCCUUACCAGUGUGACUAUUGCCAUCAAUUUUUUUCCAGAACUGACAGAGUACUAAAGCACAGACGAAUGUGCCAUGAGAAUAAGGACAGGAAGGUGCAGAAAGCAGUUGCCAAAGAUGGUCCUCUUCGCACCUCAGAGUGCUUGGGCUUCUCUUUUCCUGCCAAGGAAUGCACACUUCCCAAGAAGAAACGUCAGAAGACCUCUGAUAAAAGUCGAGUUGCGCUUACAAGUCCAACUGUUGACAAAGUGGUUGAAGCUGGUAACGAGGAGAAGACGGAAGACCAGCUGGCCAAAAGCGAGUGUCUUCCUCUUUACAAUGUAGACACCAAGGUCAAGGACGAGUAUGUUGUGACAGAUUAUUCCGUUGAGCUCCCUGAUUCCCCACCUGGCAACAGGCAUCUCGCAGGGGAGGAGUCUAAUGACGAGAUCAUUAGUCCUCCAAAACUAGUGCUGAAGAAAAUUGCCGGCAGAAGAGGUUUGAAACGGCAAGCCCUAGAACAGCCCCAGAGCCUCUCACCCUUGUCCUCAUUUGAAGAGAGCAAAGUAACGAGAUACACGUUUGAAAUUGUGGACAACAAAGGUCUCUUGGAUGUCGAGACCAAUCCUGACAUGGAUUCGGUUGACGCCCUACAAGGAGGACAAACAAAACCAACUGGGAGCAGCACAAAUUAUGACGACGCCAUGCAGUUUCUCAAGAAGAAGCGAUACCUUCAGGCGGCCACGGCGAACACUGGUCGAGACUAUGCGCUUAACGUGAGCAGCAUCGUGUCGCAGCCUUCUGUCACUCAGGCAGCUGUAGCGAGCGUCAUCGAUGAGACCGUUCCCACCACGAUCCUCUCUGAGACUCAGACGCUGAACGUGGAGAUCAAGUCCAGUAAUGAGAAGAACGUCCUUCCAGACGAGGUCCUGCAGACGCUUCUCGAUCACUACUCUAAUAGUGAGAGCAGCCCCACCGAGACUUUGGGAACCAGCUCACAAGCACCCCCGGCCGAGAAGGCCAGCCUUCUACAGGAGUACUCCAAGUUUCUCCAGCAAGCACUGGAAAGGACCAGUCAGAACGACACCUACCUGAACAACCAGAGUCUUACGUUUGUAAAUGACAGUGCCAGUCUUGCUGGCCAGCCUUUGUUUUCCAUGGAGAAGCAGUUCACCUCCCCAUCCCGGUUCAGACCGAGCAUGAACUCGCCAUUGAGAUCCACUUUGGAGAAGCCUAAUUUUAGCCUUUUAGUAGAUUCCCAACACUCCUUCUCCUUUUCAGGUGACGAGACAAACCCUUCUUCAGUUUCGCCAACGGAGGACUUCCUCGACCAAGUGACCUCUCCCAAAAAAACAGAUGCGCAAAGCAUUAGUCAAACAUUUCAGAUUGCUACUUUUGACCAGAACUUUCGAUCUCAAUUCCCAAGCUCACGAUCUGGAAUAUCCUCACAGUUUAGCAUUGCCAGUGGACAAGUUAGCCUGAGAGGUCAUGGAGGAACAGACUUCCCAGAGUUCUCUCUUGUUAGUGAAACAAGAACUCAACUAACUUCAUCUCCAGAUGCUACAAGCAGCCAAACCUUUGGCUAAACAGGAGCUUUUAAUGAUUUAAAGCAUUUUAAAGGCACUUUAUAGUUCUGUCAGUGAAGGCAAUGUGAUCUCUGUGCAAAUACUUAUGAUUUUCCAUCUUUAAACAAUCACGCAUGUGCGAGAAUCAAAAGGAGCAGAGUGAUGCACGCAUUAGAUUUUAUUAUCGGACUAUGGGAUACUCUUUAUGUGUCAUUGCAUUAUUUGUGUAUUACACAUAGUGCUUGGGACAAACACACUAUGGCUUGCCAAAUUAGCUAGCCUGUGUGUUCUAAAAUUAAGAAUUCAAGCGUCUAAAGGCCAAUUCACACCGCACCGACAAACACCAACAGACUAGUCUGUCGGAGUUUGUUGGAUCAGUGUGUUGCCCCUGUCGGCAUUUGUUGGCGUUGGUCGCAGUUGGUUUUCACCCCACUGAACAUGUUUAAUCGGCGUUUGCUGAGUCGUGGAAUGUCUGAGCAGUGUGAUAUGAUUUUCCAACAAACGACAACAAACUCUGACGUAAUCUGACCUGGCCACGAACCGUUGCCAUGACAAUGAGGCAAGACUGCAAGUAGGUGCUGGGCGCGCUUAGGAAAAUAACU